CUUCCCGACAUUCUCAUCCAAACAUCUCGCGAGAUUUUGUAGUAUUUCUUGCACGCACGAUCCACGACCGAUACGAACAUCAAAAUGAAAACCUGCAGGCACGUUCUUUUCUCAAUUUCCAAAAUACCCUCAUCCUCCCACCACAACAACCAACUUCCCCGCAUUUAGUAAAGGAUAUUUCCGUCUUUUCCCCUUAAUUAAUUUAUCGCAUUUUAAUCUACAUUUAGAAGCUAUUUAUGUAUAUAUAUACAUAAAUGGUAUGUGUGCAUGCAACCCAUUGCACAGUACAUUCAAGUAGUAAAAACAUGCCUUCCUCAUGUUGGUCAUGGACCCUUGCUCUCUUCCUUAUGUGCUCAAUCAUGACAAUCAAAUCAACAGUGGCAGUCUCCGUGUUUCGGCCUAGCGCAUGGUCCCUGGCCCACGCUACGUUCUACGGCGACGAGACCGCAUCCCAAACCAUGGGGGGAGCUUGUGGAUAUGGAAACUUGUUUAAUAGCGGGUACGGGACCGACACCGUUGCGUUGAGCUCGACACUGUUCAAUGCUGGGUAUGGGUGUGGGACUUGUUAUCAGAUACGAUGCGUACAAUCUAGCGCAUGCUAUGGAGGGUCCCCAUUCACGACCGUGACCGCUACGAACCUUUGCCCACCCAAUUGGUCCGAGGACUCCAAUGCAGGUGGCUGGUGCAACCCCCCACGUAUGCACUUCGAUAUGGCUAAGCCCGCUUUCAUGAAGAUCGCCGAUUGGAAGGCUGGCAUUGUGCCGGUCAUGUAUCGACGGGUCCCAUGCAUCAAGGUAGGUGGGAUUCAGUUCUCAUUCCAAGGAAAUGGGUAUUGGCUGCUGGUGUACGUGAUGAACGUUGGAGGAGGUGGGGACAUAGGGAGCAUUUGGGUGAAGGGAAGCAGAACAGAUUGGAUAAGCAUGUCCCACAACUGGGGUGCAUCAUAUCAGGCAUUUUCAACCCUUGGGGGACAAUCUCUUUCAUUCAAGAUCACCUCUUACACCACCAGAGAGACUAUUAUGGCUUGGGAUGUAGCUCCUGCUAACUGGCAAGUGGGCUUGUCAUACAAGGCUUCUGUUAAUUUUCACUAGAACAUGAAAAGGAAAAUCUCCUUUUGAAGGGCUAUUUCUGUUUUUUCUUAGCCUUUGAGGAUUGUUUGUGUGAGGAAUUUCUUUCUUUUUUUUCUUUUUUUUUUCCCGUCUUUGGUUCUUCAUCUAAUGGAAAUUUGAAUUUUCUACCUGCUAUUGUGGUCUCAGUUGUUGAAAAACUAUGAAAUACGUGAUUGAAUUUACUCUAAUUUCAGCACUCAAAAGCAUUAAUCUAGUAAGGGAAAGAUAUAUGUUAAAUACUAGUAUUGUUAACUACAGAUGGCACACAUUAAAGAGAUCCAAAGCG